AUGCCCUCCGAUCCCAACCGCGUCGCGAGCAUCAUGCUCUCAUGGCACUCCCUGGACCUUGUCUCAUGUACCAAUCUACAGACCUUAUGGGCUGGUUAUGGACAAAUAUGUGCUAUCACGGCACGAGCCACCACCGACCAAGCAGCCAAGCAUCUCAGCAAGCUAUGUGGGGUAGACCCAGGCAGCGCAGGGUCGACAUAUCCGCUCAUCCUGAAGCUCAUCUCACCGCCCCGAAAAAGCGGUACUAAAGAUGAGGGUCACUUACGAAAGAUGUUGAGCUACGAGGUAGAGCAGUACUUCUAUAGUGAAGUUGUUCCACAGCUAGGCUCUGACAUAUCCAUAGCGAAAUGUCUUGCCUCGACGCGUGACAUGAGCGACGCGGAAGGCUCCUCGGAACUCAGAGGUCUCAUGGCUACAAUCAUGGUCGAUCUGCGCCCUGCAUUCCCUGUCGCGGGGGAGAAGAGAGGUGCAUUGAAUCGCACACAAGUACAUGCGGCGCUGGAUUGGUUAGCCGGCUUCCACAACCGCUCACGGGAGCUGCUACCAGCCACUCUUGAUGGAUACGUUCUGCCGCCGCUGGAGGAAAGCAGUAGAAGACAGAGUUCAAGCAAGAACGUUGUAAAUGGACUGUGGCUGAAUGGGGGAUAUACGUAUCUCGCGACACGACGUCAAGAGUACGCAUCUCUUGCGCAGGACACGGACUCGGAGUGGUCGGAUCUUUUGUGCAGGGCUUCGGAUGAGUGUUCACUAUCCAUUGCGGAGAUGGUUGCUUUAUUCUUAACGCCCUCUGGAAGGACAGCUGAGUCGUAUAUCCAUGGUGAUGUCAAGUCGGAGAAUCUCUUCACGACGACCAAUGGGGACAAAGUGGCAUUUUUUGAUUUCCAGUAUGUUGGGCUCGGUCUGGGAGUUUGUGACCUUGCCAAAUUGUUUACCUGCUCGGUCCCUUUGCAUAUGCUAGUUGAUGACAAUGGGAGUUUGCCCGAACAACUGUCAAUGUGUGAGGGUGAGAGGGGACUCUUAGAGCGGUACCGCACAACCACCCAGGCCGAGGGCUCCCAUAUAUACGACUGGGAAACGUUCAAACGACACUGGGAGACGGCAUUGGUCGACUGGUGUAGAUUCCAGGCUUCGUGGGGCUUCUGGGGAAAUACAGAGUGGCUCGAGGCCCGUGUGAGAUCAAUUUUGAAUGACCAGGAGUGGAGAGACUGGUUGUGUCAGAGCAUUCGCGGCCGGUUAUAG